AUGAAGGCAACGCGGCUUUCUCUGACGUUUGUUCUGCUUGCGCUCUGCGGGAAUGGACACGCAGGCCCAUGCAAGCCAAAGUCCUCAUCGACAGCUCUCGACGCAACCUCUUCCACUGAGGUCUCGACAGCCACAGAUGCAAGUUCUGUUGCGGAGUCUUCGACGACUUACCUCUCUUCUAUCAUUUCCGAAUCCAUUGCUUCAACAGCCACGGCGACAUCUGAUUCCCAACUUUCCUCCUCGACUGAGCUUCCCACUUCGUCUAUCACUACCGAGACAGCUACUGCGACCACUUCAGUUGCUGAACUCUCCUCCUCGGUCGAGACCCUCACUACGUCCAAUACUGCUGAGGCAACCACUUCUGAUGCUCCGACAACCACCACUACGACUGAGGAAUCUGCACCCUCUGGACUCUUUCUGAACCCAUCGUUUGAUGAACCAAAUGGCGACGGAGAUUUUGACGGAUCUCCGUGGACUUUGGAAGACGCUGUCUCUCCCAUCUCCGUCAGAAUCAACUCUGACCUUGCCCACACAGGCUCCCACUCAGCAUAUUGGUCUAUCACAAGCGCCGCACAAGCUGGCACUGUCAAGCAGACAGUCUCCCUGGAACAAAGCAAGUUGUACACGCUGUCAUACUGGUGGUACGUCGACGAAGACCAGCAGCCACAAAACCUCGGUGACUGCUACAUAACUAUUGAGCAAAGAAGCACCGACGGGUUGACAGCUACCUUCCCUGAGUUCCUGGCCCUUGCGACACCUUUACCCCUCAAGACCUGGACUAAGCGCGAUUUCCUUUUUAAUUCCGUAAACAUCAGUCCAGCAAUCAUGGUGUUCUCUGUCUCUUGUGUUACUAGUGCGGGCAGUGGACUCAAGGUUGCUAUUGACGAUAUUCAAUUGUCAGCGCAGGCUUAG